AUGCAGAACGACACCGGAGAAUUUGUGGACUUGUACUGUAAAUGUUUUGCCAGCAACUGCAUCAUCAGGGCCCAUACUUCCACCCAGAUUAAUAUUGCAGAGGUCGAUAAGACAACAGGCAGAGUAACUGGCCAGUACAAGACCUACGUUAUCUGUGGCAGCAUUCGAAGGAUGGGUGAAUCUAACGAUGCCAUUCGCAGGCUAGAAAAAGCGGAUUGCAUUAUUUCAAAGAACUUCUAA